AUGAAAAACGAAAAUGGAAAUAAUGAUUUUAAUUUAUCGGAACUUCACUCCCUGCUACCGCAAAUUAUAAAAAAGUCAUCCAACACUUCUUAUCACCGUCAUCGUGAUGGCCGUCUGGAGCAGACGAAGUUAGCUGGCCUGCCGAAUGAUUUGGGAAAUUCCUGCUAUAUCAAUUCAAUCGUCCAAUGUCUGAAUAAUUGUGAUCUUUUGGUAUGUUCGGCCUUAACUUCGAAACUAGAACAAAACGGUAUUUUUUGUUCAUCCAUAAAUGUAAAUAAUCACAGCCAGGAUAAUUCAAUUACAGAACAACUUUCGUGCCUAAUUCAAAGCCUCUGGUUAGGCAGAUGUAAUUUGGAAUUGUCAAAAAAAUUUAAGUCUUCAAUUGGCCGCAUUGAAAAGCAGUUUAGAGGUUCUACACAGCAAGAUGCCCAUGAGUUCCUACUCUGGUUGCUAGGUUAUGUUAAAGAUGAACUUUCCAAAGAAAAAGAUUUUUUAAAUUCUAAUGAAAAGCCUGCCAAAAAUAAACUACUAAAAUUAACAAAACCCACGCAAACAAACAACGUCAUCGACUAUUUAUUUCGAGCAUAUUACACGUCAACUUUAAAUUGUUUAAAAUGUGGCCAUCUCAGUUCUACCCUAGAUCCAUUUUUAACUAUUUCUCUGCCUAUUUCAAUGCCUUAUAUAACAUCAGUCAAAGUCCAUGUCAUUGUUGUUUAUCAUAGUAGUUGUUGUACACUGGAUGAUUGUUUCAAUGCCUUCACUCAAAAAGAACAGUUGAGUGAAGACAACGCUUGGUUCUGCGUCCACUGUGGCAAGAGGCAGAGGGAGACGACGAAAAAUAUACUGAUAUCAUCAUAUCCUAAUAUACUUGUGGUGCAUCUCAAGAGAUUUAAACAUGAUUCUUCAAGGAGGACCAAGCUUAACACGUUCGUUAGAUUCCCCAUUAAAAACCUCAAUCUGUCUGAUUAUAUCAGUGACGAUAGUGCUGACGAUCACACGUAUGAUUUGUUUGCUGUUUGCAAUCAUUACGGAUCAUUAACUGAUGGCCAUUAUACAGCCUUCUGCCUGAACCCACUAACAAAAGAGUGGUACCACUACAACGAUCUGCGCGUGACGAAGAUGACGGAGAACGAGGUCGUCACGACAAACGCCUACAUUCUAUUCUAC